GCUCGCGAAGACUUUGAAUCCUCCCCCUUCCCUACUCUUUCUUCUUCCCUUAAGUCCUCAACUUGGCCCCUCUCUAUAAAUGCCUGUCUUCCCAACCAAGCAUUUCUCCCUCCUCUAGAGCAUCACAAGUUUAUCAAUUCCUUCGGAGAUUGAUUCUGAAAUCUGCAUGGAUUCUUCUGACUGGCUCAAGGUAACUCACUGCAACUAAUCUCCACUCCCUCUAUGGUUUUCAUCUCCAUGGUGGUUAGAUCAACAGCUUAAGCCCAUUCCUCAACUCCUUGUUUAUUUUAUCUGAAUGUUAGAGCAUCGUUCAUGAGGAAAGUGGAAUGGUUUCCUCCUCUCCAUCUGGGGAACUGAUCUCCUGCUCCAGGCCACCGAUGAUGGAGCGAAGGCUGAGGCCCCAGCAUGAUCAGGCUCUCAAGUGCCCCAGGUGCGACUCAACCCACACCAAGUUCUGCUACUACAACAACUACAGCCUCUCCCAGCCAAGGUACUUCUGCAAGACCUGCAGGAGGUAUUGGACCAAGGGAGGGUCCCUUCGGAAUGUACCUGUCGGCGGUGGCUGCCGGAAGAACAAGCGGUCGGUGGCCAAGAAGCCGUCUGAACAACCACCUCAGCAUGUCUCAUCCUUUCAUGAUGCGACCGACCUCCACCUCUCCUUCUCCGGGGUGCAAUUCCCGCACCUCGGUUCAUUGGCUGACACACCUCGCAACCUUAACUUCAUCGAAUGCAAGUACAAUCCAUCGGUCGAGAGCUCUGCGGGUGGUCUUGAUCUGAUGAUGGACACUAGGUUUGGAGCCAUGUUGGGGAGCUCCAGGGGCCAUAGCUUCAGUGACUUGGGACUCGGAGAGACAAGUCAUGGAUUCGCAUUAGGUGGCUUCCCUGGGGUUAACCAGCUUGGGUUUUCUGUUGACGGGAACCAUGAAGCACUUGUGGAAGCUUGCCAGAGGCUGGCACUCCCAUAUGAAGCACAUGAGAACCCCAGUGCAGUGGAGGUGAAACCAGACAAUAGGAUUCUAUCACUGGAGUGGCAAGAUCAGUAUUGCGCUGAUGGGGGGCGAGAAUCAAUGGGGUACUCUGGAUUGUGGAAUGGGAUGAUCAAUUGCCAUGGACCCUCAACAACCAUCUGAAGUAGAGUGAUCCUAGUUCCUACUCUCAGAAUACUAAUAUAACCUAUUAUGGAAAGCUUUUUCCUUUUGUUUAUUUUGAAUGUUUGUGCUUUUUCCCUCCAAGUGAUUUCCCAUUUCUAUGAGGGCCACUGGGGGGGCAUGCAAAAUCUUUUUAUCUUUCUUUCUUUCAGAGGUAAGAUGUUUGGACUCCGUUAGCUUUUGUUGCUUUAUUAGACAUCUGUGUUCAGUUUGGAGAAGAAUGACUCGUCUUUGUUGCAUUACAUGGUAGUGCUGCUAAUCUAAGACUGAUACAAAGCAUAAGCUUCAUUGAAGCUUCUCAUUGGCGAAA